CACAAUGAAACUCUGCAAGAGAACACAAAUGCCACAUCUUCAGUGGAAGAGUAUUGGGAGAGGAGAAUUUUAGGACGAUCAAGUGGAAUUGAAGUCAUGGGAAACAUUCGCUGGGACUUGGCCCUUUGUCUUCUGCUUUCCUGGAUUAUAUGCUACUUCUGCAUCUGGAAGGGCGUAAAGACCACCGGCAAGGUAGUCUACUUCACUGCCACGUUUCCAUACGUCAUGCUUUUGGCAUUGCUUGUUCGUGGUCUGACAUUACCAGGAGCCAAAGAUGGGAUAACCUUCUACCUCUAUCCAGACCCGACGCGCCUCAGUGAUCCAGCGGUUUGGAUGGAUGCCGCAGGCCAGGUCCUCUACUCCUAUGCAAUCGGUGUUGGGGUUCUGAUCUCUUUAAGUAGCUACAACAAGUACAACAACAAUUGCUACAGGGACAGCAUGUUGCUGUGCCUAAUAAACAGUUUGACCAGCUUGGUGGCCGGCUUUGCCAUCUUUUCUGUGCUUGGCUUCAUGGCCAAGGAGCAAGGUAUGGACAUAUCCAUGGCGGCUGAAUCAGGUCCUGGACUGGCAUUCAUUGCUUACCCUCGUGCUGUGGCUCUGAUGCCCCUCCCUCAACUUUGGGCCGUUUCAUUCUUUGUAAUGAUCAUCUUCGUAGGACUAGACAGCGAGUUUGCUUAUGUAGAGACGCUGGUCACCAGCAUCUGCGACAUAUUCCCUUCCUUCUUUGCCAAUAAAUGUCGGCGUCAGCUCCUUCUUCUUGCCAUCUGCGCUGGAAGCUUCUUCAUUGGCCUUACGAUGGUUACACAGGGAGGCUUCUAUGUUUUCCUGUUGUUUGACUAUUAUGGCUGCAGUGGGAUCGUUGUCGUUUUUGUCACUCUUGAAUCCAUCUGCAUCGGAUGGGUCUACGGCGCUGACCGUCUGUAUAAUAACAUAGAGGACAUGAUUGGCUACCGACCGUGGCCUGUUGUGAAAUAUUGUUGGCGGUACUCUUCACCAGCUGUUUGCACCUGCAUGCUACUGUAUAACUUGGCCAAAUACAAACCCCUCAAAUUCAACAACACGUAUGAAUACCCAUGGUGGGGCUACAUGAUUGGAGGAGUGUUGGCCCUGUCGUCAAUACUCAUGGUGCCACUGUGGAUGAUCUAUGCUGUCAGUGUCACUCCUGGAACUUUAAGACAGAGGUGAGCUGAGCUCUUUGACCUGUCAGCUGCUCUAAUCAUGUUUGAAGACGAUGGCAAUUGAGGGGGACAGGAGUCACCUCUAACGUGUGCACAGACGCCCUGCAACAC